AUGACGGAUACCGAUCCGCAUGAUUCUCCGUUGCAACGACGGUCGCAACCGCCACCUAUAUUCAAAUCACGACUAUUCAAUGACGACAAUUCGGAAUAUCUCGUGAACAUCCGUAUCGGAACGCCACCACAGAAUUUCACCGUCGCUCUGGAUACAGGAAGUGCGGAUGUGUGGGUGCCAUCCAUCGAGUGCGAUAAGAUCCAGUGUCCGUUGAAUCGAUUUGAUCCUUCGAAAUCAAAGACGUUUGAAAAGACAAGGCAUCCUUUUGCCAUCAAAUACGGUAUCGGCAAGGCUAAUGGCACAUAUGCACGCGACACAAUGACGAUUGGCAAACUGAAAGUGGCGAAACAACCGUUUGGACUGGCAAAAUCUACGGAGCAGAUCAUUACGGUUCCAAACACGAUGACCAACAAGCCCAAGGAAGAGCAGGUGUUCCCCAACGGGAUCCUCGGACUCGGGUAUCCGGAGCUUUCAUCAUCGGCGGUCAAGGCGGCCCACGAACCGUUCAUUGUCAGUUUGGCGAAAAAGGGCGUCAUCCGUGAACCAGUGUUUUCGGUUCAUAUGAAUUCCAUGUUCCACUCGGGGUGGUCGGGCGAAUUGAUCCUGGGCGGCGUCGACGAGGAAAAAUACACAGGCAUGAUCCAGUACCUUCCCGUGGCCAAAAUCAAGAAAAAAGGUCACAAAAACGGAGCUUACGCAUACUGGAUGGUCUAUGGUCGAUCAUUGCAUAUUGCCGACGACGACGCAAUCAUCUUUAAUGCCCCUUUCAACAAAACCCGCGGCGUCAUUAUCGAUACGGGCACAACACUGUCGUAUAUGGAUCAGGCAUUGGCGGAACAGAUCGUGCUUUCGGUGGCAGGACAGGAUCAGGUGUUGUUGGAUGAGACCACCGGCGUGUUUCUGGUUCCUUGUCAUUUGCGUCAAUCGCCUCUUGAGCUGGAUCUCGAGUUCUCUACCACCUACCGAGCUUCGGGUCCCCCGGUACGGCUACGACUGUCCGUCUCAAAUCUAGUGAUUCCACUCAAUGCCAGUGCCAAUACUUUGUCGGAUCAGUGUAUGUUUGGGAUCGCACCUUGGCUUCAAACGAAACAGAGUUCCGUUUUAGGUUCCAAAGGCAUGAUCUUGCUAGGCGACAGUAUUUUACGUUCGACCUAUCUGAUUUUCGAUGCGGGAAGAAAUCGCAUUGGCUUCGCUUCCGCUCAAACCCCUCUGCGAUCGGUCAUCACGGGUCCCAAACUGCCCUGUGAGCAAAGCCGGAACAAGGAAUCCACAUCGGGCGCGGGAACGCAGUCAUCGCAACGUGCAUCAUCAUCUCAUCGCCCACAACAACCGCACAGGUCGCAUCGACCCAAUCAGUCUUCGCAAGGUUCCGGUGCCGAGCGGGUAUUAUGGAUCCACGGGUUACGAAAAACCGGGAUCAUAACCGUCAUGGCACUCAGCUUGUCUGUGCGCUUUAUGUAG